AUGGCACGGCGCAAUUCCGUCAGCAUCGAGGAAGUUCUUGAUGAGGACAACAAGGCGGAGUUGGCAGCACUCGAACGAACGGAAUCUGCAAAUUCAUCGAGGAAGAAGAUUGCAAACGGCCCUCGUAGCACAGCUUCUGUCGGAUCGGACCCGCUUACUGCAGUGUACGUCGGCAACAAACUUGGUGUCAGGUCACCUACCAUGCGGCAUAGUUCCAUAGCUGGUGAAGGGGCAGGUGUCACCAGCCCGGGCCAAUCGCGUAAGAAGAAACUGGACCCUUCCGAUCCCUCUACAUGGACUCGACCAGUAGCUACUGUCUCACCAGUUGAGCCUAGACCGCGAUCUGCUUCGGAGAACAUUCAAAGAGAGGAUUUGACUAUACAGUUCACUUCAGAGGAUGAAAAAGAAGGUGCGCAGGCUGGCGCUUUGACCUCUGUGGAACCCAGCACCCCAGCUAUGCCUUUCAGAUCACGCCUCCUAUCUUCUGCAGCGUAUAGCGAUGAUGGCCAGUCACCAGUAGAGAUAUCAACUGCCACUAUAGCACCAGAUUCGCCGAUGAGUACAAGAAGCGACAGAACCGACGGGCCUCUCUCCCCUUCCACUCCCCAGAGUUUAGCACCUCCCAGCGACGAGACGGCGAGGAGGCUUUCACAACAAUCGGUUGCCAGUACAGCCACUGAUGAUUCCGACGUCCUCGGUCCCGGCCGAAGAGUGAAUAUGAGAGGUGAAGAGGACGUAGUAGAGGAAUACAGUGAGAGUGAGCGGUCAGACAGUGAAGACGAAGGAUCUCCAGUCAGUCAGCGAGGUAGGAAGCGCAAGACUGAGAGAGAUCCUGAGUCGCUUGAGCCGUCAAAAGAGCCGGAAAGGACUGAAGCUGUAACACCUCUGAUCAGAGUCGACGAAGUCGAUACAAAUGAUGGUCAGCCACAUCAUACUGACCACAGCGGUAAACUUUCGGAGACCCAGGGCGAGAGAAUCACACCUCGAUCGAACUAUCAACGAGGAGCAUCUCCUGCGGCACAAUCUGCUCUAAGUGACGAAGACGCUGAACUUAAGAGGGCAAAAGCGCUGGAACUCAGAGUGUCAGAUAUAGAGGAGACAGUCAAAGACCGGACCGUCAAGAUGAUAAUUCGAGGCGACUGGAAGUCCUUCCAGGAUUAUGAAGAAGAAGAUCAAACUAAUCGUCAUGAGCCUCGUCUGUACCUGGUGUGCACUGAUCUUAGUAAUGAAGCAACUUACGCGCUAGAAUGGACAGUCGGUACACUCCUAAAGGACGGUGAUUCAAUCUUGAUCGUCAACGCUGUGGAAGACGAGAACGCGACCAAAGCCAAGGAUUUCGAUCCGAACUUGGAACCAUCUCUAGAAGUCAGGCUUGAGUCUGCAAAAGCUGCAGAGGAAGCAACUUCCACCAUGGACACAUUGACCAGGCAGACCACCAAUCAACAGAGCGAUGCUCAGUACGAAACACAUAAGAAGCUGAAACUCAGUGCUCUAAAAGACCACGCCCGCAGCUUGUCGAGAACAGGCCGCAAUUGGACUAAAAAGGACGAGGAACGAGUCAAAGCUGUUGACAAGCUCGAGAACGACUUUUUGAAAUUCGUGCGGAAGACUACUUUGCAAGUUAGGUGUAUGAUCGAGGUUAUUCACUGCAGGAAUUCCAGGCAUCUAAUCCUGAGUGCUAUUGACGGACUGGAGCCAACCUUGGUCGUCGUAGGCACACGUGGACAAGGCAGUGUCAAGAAUGUCUUGAUGGGAAGCUUUUCGAACUAUCUGGUUCAGAAGAGCUCGAUACCUGUCAUGGUCGCUCGCAAACGAUUGAAGAAACCUCAUCAUGCGAAGAUAUCGAGUCAACAGAUCCGAAUGACGAACAACCUGAUGCCUACAAUGAUUGGUGGGAAGAGGAAAAGCUUGACGCAGGCACGAAUUGACUAG